AUGAAGCUAUCGCUCGCUAUUCUCACUCUGGCUGCUUGUACGUUCGCUUACAAUGGUACAGAGACGUUGACCAUCACCUGUACCGAAGAAAAGUGCACUUCUGCUUACGUUUCAACUUACGAAGGUGGUGCUCCUGCCGUCCAGGCAACUUACGAAUGCCAUGCUUCUUGUGGUUACGCUAUUUUGGCUGCCCGGAAAUGUUCUCCAGAUGGCAAUGAGGACGCGGACUACGACUCCAGCUGUCUCUGCUCUUCCGGCAGUGAAUUCUUGUCUUACGUCCCAGACUGCCUUGACUGUGGAUGGUGUCUGUGGAGUGACUACGGAAAGUUCUUGACCUCCGCUUUGGGUGAGUGUUCCACGAACACCGAGCCAACUGGUACUACUUGUGCCCCAAGCUCUUCGCAAGCACCUGCCUCUUCCUCUGCUGCUGCUGAGUCCACCACUGAAGCCUCUUCUUCGGCAGCUGCUUCGUCUACCGAAGCUACUGAGGCCUCUUCCUCCGAGGCUACCGAAGCUUCCUCUUCCACUCCUGCUGCCUCGACCGAGGCUGCUACUUCUAGCACUGCCGCUGCUACUUCCUCUGAGGCUGCUGUCAGCUCGUUUGAGAGCGCCAGCUCCUCUGCCGCAGCUGAAACCCAGGUUGCUGAGUCCAGCUCCGCUGCUUCCUCUUCCGUGGCUAUUUCUAGCUUCUCUACGUCCAGUACUAACGGAACCAUCUCCACUUACUCUGGAGCUGGUGCUAAACUCGCCGUUGGAGCUGGUGCCGGUAUUGUCGGUCUUGCCGCUCUUCUUAUGUGA